UCUUUUUUCAUUCGGACAACCUUGCAUAUUUUCCAAAAAUGUCAACAUCACAAAAUUCAGAGGAAAAUCCCGAAGUUUCACAUGAAAAUAAAGAUGAAGUACAUGGAGCGAGUGGGAAUGGUGGAGAAUCAAGCACCCCAACAAGUCCCACGCACGCGAAAUUUAAAGUUGAUGUUCUUUUGAAGCCGGCAGGGGAUGCACCAAUCAUGAAGAAGAAAAAAUGGGCUGUUGAAAGAAAUAAAAAGAUAGUAUAUAUAUCUGACUUUAUAAAGAAAUUCAUCAGAAUGGGCCAAAAUGAAUCAAUAUUCCUUUAUGUAAAUCAGUCAUUUUCACCAUCACCAGAUACAGAAGUAGGAUGUGUAUUUGAUUGUUUUGGCAGUGAUGGCAAACUAGUUCUACAUUAUUGUCGGACACAGGCAUGGGGAUGAACAUUGCUGAGAAACCAUAUAUUGGAAUAAUAGUAACUGUGACAAAAACUUACCUUAUCAAGUGUUUCAUUUAAAUUAUAUGAACUAUGUAUAUAAGUCUUUUUUUUAUUUUUUUGUGUAUCUUCAAAUACACUGUAACAAUAUCUUUAUAUAUUAAAGCUGCAUUUGUCCCAGCAAACCAGGGUUGAGAAACAAUUGAUUCAUAAUUAUUGUGAUUACUGGAUUUUUGGAUUGUGAUUCUUAGCCGGAUUUGAGCAAAAAACAUUGCAGCGCUUUUCAUUUUCAGGUCAUUUUGCAUACCAGUUAAGAAUUACAAAAAUUAUUAUUGUGGAAAAAUGGGUUGAGAGAAUCACACAAGAAGCUGUGGAGUCCCAAAAGAAGUAUUGUUUUAUAAAAUUUGUUAACAGUAAAAUUAUAUUUUUCCAUGAUAAACUUAAGAGACUAAGGAUAUCUUGUGAAAUUUAAAUGCAAAUAUCAACAGUAAUAUUAACUACUGUAUUGAUUUCAUAAUAUUGUGUUUGACUUUCGGAAUUGUUGUUACAUACAAUGUCUCUGUUGUUUAACACACAUUAUUAUUAUUAAAUGUUCCAAAACAAAAUAUUUUGCUGCUAUUUUAAGUAAGGUUUAAAUCAUUUAGCGAUGAUGUUACGAAUGUGCCAUUGGCUUAUAAAUAAUUUUACAAACAUAUUUCUUUCAUACAGACAUUUCGGUAAUAUCUUUUCUUCAAAUUUGCAAUAUGCAUGGUUAUAUUUAUUAUUUUAAUUUGAUCAUUUGUGUUUUAUUCAGACUUACUUUUUAGCUCACCUGUCACAAAGUGACAGGGUGAGCUUUUGUGAUCGCUUUUCGUCCGGCGUCCGUCCGGCGUCCGUCCAUAAACUUUUACUUUAAAUGACAUCUCCUCAUAAACCACUAAGCCAAUUUCAUCCAAACUUCACAGGAAUGUUCCUUUGGUGGUCACCUUUAAAAAUUGUUCAAAGAAUUUAAUUCCAUGCAGAACUCUGGUUGCCAUGGCAACUGAAAGAAAAAACUUUAAAUAUCUUCUUUUAAAAAACCAUAAGAGCUAGAGCUUAGAUAUUUGGCAUGAAACAUCUUCUAGUGAGUGUCUACCAAGUUUGUUCAAAUAAAAGCCCUGGGGUCAAAAUUGGCCCCGCCCCGGGGGGUCAUUGAUUUUCCCUAUAUGCAUAUAGUAAAAACUUAAAAAAUCUUCUUUUAAAGAACCCAAAGAGCUAGAGCUAAGAUAUUUAGCAUGAAACAUGUUCUAAUGGGUGUCUACCAAGUUUGUUCAAAUAAAAGCCCUGGGGUCAAAAUUGGCCCCGCCCCGGGGGGUCAUUGAUUUUCCCUAUAUGCAUAUAGUAAAAACUUAAAAAAUCUUCUUUUAAAGAACCCAAAGAGCAAGAGCUAAGAUAUUUAGCAUGAAACAUGUUCUAAUGGAUGUCUACCAAGUUUGUUCAAAUAAAAGACCUGGGGUCAAAAUUGGCCCCGCCCCAGGGGGUCAUUGAUUUUCCCUAUAUGCAUAUAGUAAAAACUUAAAAAAUCUUCUUUUAAAGAACCAAAAGAGUUAGAGCUAAGAUAUUUAGCAUGAAACAUUUUCUAAUAAGUGUCUACCAAGUUUGUUCAAAUAAAAGCCCUGGGGUCAAAAUUGGCCCCGCCCCGGGGGUCAUUGAUUUUCCCUAUAUGCAUAUAGUAAAAACUUAAAAAAUCUUCUUUUAAAGAACUCAAAGAGCUAUGGCUAAGAUAUUUAGCAUCAAACAUGUUCUAAUAAGUGUCUACCAAGUUUGUUCAAAUAAAAGCCCUGGGGUCAAAAUUGGCCCCGCCCCGUGGGUCAUUGAUUUUCCUUAUAUGUGUAUAGCAAAAACUUAAAAAAUCUUCUUUGAAAAAACCCAAAUAGCUAGAGUUAAGAUAUUAAGCAUGGAACAUCUUUUAGUGAGUGUCUACAAACUUUGUUCAAAUAAAAGACCUGGGGUCAAAAUUGGCCCCGCCCCGGGGGUCAUUGAUUUUCUUUAUAUGUGUAUAGCAAAAACUUAAAAUCUUCUUUGAAAAAACCCAAAUAGCUAGAGUUUAGAUAUUAAGCAUGAAACAUCUUCUAGUAAGUGUCUACAAAGUUUGUUCAAAUAAAAGCCCUGGGGUCAAAACUGGCCCGGCCCCAGGGGUGUCAUUGUUUUUAACUAUAAUGUGUAUAGUAAAAACUUAAAAAAAAUCUUCUUUUAAAAAGCCCAAUGAGCUAGAGCUUAGAUGUUUAGCAUGAAACAUCUUCUUAUGGGUGUCUACCAAGUUUGUGCAAAUAAAAGCCCUUGGGUUAAAUUGGCCCUGCAACAUUGGGGGGGUUGGGGGGGGCCUAUAUACAGGUGAGCGACCUCAGGUCCAUCAUGGCCCUCUUGUUUAGUUAAAAUGGACUUCUUUUUAGUAUACCCAAAAUUCACUUUUCUGAGCAUACUUAUUUCGGGACUAAAAAUAUCUUUUUUGGUUGGCCUAGAUCCAUUUCUAAAACGGAGGGAACUUUUUUUUCAUAAGUUAAAUAUUUGAAAUUCAUUUGUAUACAGUGUCUAUACAUGAGUCAGAAUGAAUACUAUUCACUGUGAUAAUGUUUUAGCCUGCAAUGUUUGUACAUGUACAUUGAUAAUUUGAUAAAACUUGUCUUGAGGGGCGUCAGCGACUAAUAAAUUAAGGGUUUUUACUUCAAACUCCUGCCUAUAUCACCUCUGUGGGUUUGAAACCUGCAUGGGACAUUUAAUUAUUUAAUUAAUAUGAGGAAGUCUGUGUUUCUACUCUGGUGCCCGCUUGUGCCUGAAUAAAUGCACAGAGGGGCACCACAAGUCUUCCUCCGCCAGUAUAGCUGGAAAACGGCUAUAUUAUGGUGCACUUUAAAACCCAACA